GUGGAAUCGCUCGGGAAUGGGGGUUUAAAACGCUUUGCUUCUUUCCUUUUAUACAAUUGCCCUUGUUGCUCUCUUUCCACUUAACAUUCUCUACAUUCCCGCGCAUUUUGGUGGUAAUGCGAGAAUGGGAUUAGGUGAGCACAAGCGACAAAAUGUUUCAAGUAUAAAAAACAAGGAGACAUCACAGCAUUGCUCGUCCAAUGUCCAAUAUUUGUCCAAUGUUUGCAUCGCAUCGCACUCUACCCAGAAGAUACAUGUGGUGAUAUACAAAAAACAUAUACAAUCAAAGCAAGACAAAAUUUUUUGGUUUGCUCACGAGUAACAUCCAUUAGGAUAAGGGUAUGUGCACUCUCAUUUGUUUUUAGC